AUCUCUUACAGGCUUACACAAGACUGGAUUUCCUUAAUCACGCUUGUACUGAUGGUUUAGCCAUAAACAGCAUUGGAAUAAAAGUUGAAGGGUUUGAGAAGGGGAAUGAAUCUGUAUUGAGUAAGAUGGCUGAGCUUGAGAAGGAAAAAGAAACUGCAUUGAACAAGAUAACUCAACUUGAGAGGGAAGGAGAAGCUGCAUUCAGUAAGAUCGCUGCGCUAGAGAAGGAGAAACAAGCUGCAGUGACUAAGACAGAUGAGCUUGAGAAGGAAAAAAAAUCAUACAGAGAAUAAGGUAGCCUUGCUUGAGAGGGAGGGAGAAACUGCAUUCAGUAAGAUAGCUGUGCUUCAGAAGGAGGAACAAGCUGCAUCAAGUAAGAUGGAGGAGCUUGAGAAGGAGAAAGAAGAUGCAGCCAGGAAGAUAGCUUUACUUGAGAAGGAGCUAAGUACUAAGGAAGAGAACUUUGGAAAGUAUAAGAGUGCUCAGCUUCGAAAGGAGGAGGAGCUAAGCACGAAGUUUGAGGAUUUCAAAAGGCAUACUAAUGCUGAGCUUAAGGCAGAGAAGGAAGUUGCAAUGAGUAAGAUCGCUAUGCUUGAGAAGGAGCUUGAUACUAAGGAAGAGAAAUUUGGAAAGUAUAAGAAUGCUCAGCUUCGAAAGGAGGAGAAGCUAAGAACUAAGAGGAGGAGAAGCUAA